GUUGUUUCCGAAACCAGAGAGAACGAUUUGCUCAGUCAUUUUAAUCCAUCUCUCUCCCUCAUAAAAAUAUAAAAAUUUAAUCUUUGGAUUAAAAAUCCAAUCUUUCACCUUCUAGAGAGAGAAGAGAAGCUCGUCCUGUACUAGAUAGAGAGAUAUAGAGAGGGAGGCUUUAUUGUGCUUUCGAUACUCAAAUGGUUGAAUUGGGAAAUCACAAGACACCAUAUUGGCGAUUGUGAGAUACAAGGCUCAGUUUUGGAGAUGGGUUUUUGAGUAUCCCCUGUGAUCUUGCAAACCCAGAAAGCGAUCUUCGGUGCGGUGAUUUGGAUUCUUCGGAUUUUCCAUCUGGGCUCUGUUUUAGAUUUGGGUUUUGUUUUGUAUUGGGUUUCGAUAAGAGGAAUAAGUGAGAGAGAGAGAGAGAGAGAGAGAGAGAGAAAUGAACGGUGCUGAUGAGGUCGUCGCAGCAGCAGCUCCGGAGGGCCCACCGCCGGCUCUGGAUUGGAGAUUCUCUCAGGUCUUCGGCGAGCGUACAGCCGGAGAAGAAGUUCAGGAAGUCGACAUUAUUUCUGCUAUUGAAUUUGAUAAAAAUGGUGACCAUCUUGCUACUGGCGACAGAGGGGGCCGGGUCGUACUUUUUGAGAGGACAGAUACAAAAGAUCAUGGUGGCUCCAGAAGGGAUUUAGAGAGGAUGGAUUAUUCAAUUAGACACCCUGAGUUCCGCUACAAAACAGAGUUUCAGAGCCAUGAGCCUGAGUUUGACUAUCUGAAAAGUUUGGAAAUAGAGGAGAAAAUCAACAAAAUCAGAUGGUGCCAAACAGCAAAUGGUGCCCUAUUUCUCCUAUCUACUAAUGACAAGACAAUUAAGUUUUGGAAGGUCCAAGAAAAGAAGGUCAAGAAAGUUUCUGAGAUGAAUGUGGAUCCUUCCAAAACUGUAGCAAAUGGAAGUGUUGCUAGUUCAAGCAGUUUGAGUAACCCUAAAAUACAUCUUGCAAAUGGGGGAUGCCAGUCUUCCAGUUCUCUUGGCAAUGAUAUUUCAUUUCCACCUGGGGGAAUUCCUUCACUGCGACUACCACAGGUAGUAACAAGCCAUGAGACUAGCUUGGCUGCUAGAUGUCGAAGAGUAUAUGCUCAUGCUCAUGAUUAUCAUAUCAAUUCAAUUUCAAAAAACAGUGAUGGUGAAACUUUUAUAUCGGCUGAUGAUCUGCGAAUAAAUCUUUGGAACUUGGAAAUUAGCAGUCAAAGUUUCAAUAUUGUUGAUGUGAAACCUACAAACAUGGAAGAUUUAACCGAGGUGAUAACUUCAGCAGAGUUCCACCCCACCCAUUGCAACACGUUAGCCUAUAGCAGUUCCAAAGGUUCAAUUCGACUAAUUGAUUUGCGGCAGUCUGCUUUGUGUGAUUCUCAUGCUAAAUUGUUUGAGGAACAAGAGGCACCUGGUGCUAGAUCAUUCUUCACAGAAAUUAUUGCUUCAAUCUCCGAUAUUAAGUUUGCAAAGGAUGGUAGAUUUAUACUGAGCCGCGAUUACAUGACACUUAAGUUAUGGGACAUCAAUAUGGAUUCAGGACCAGUUACAACCUUCCAGGUUCAUGAAGAUUUAAGACCUAAGCUGUGUGAUUUAUAUGAGAACGAUUCUAUCUUUGAUAAAUUCGAGUGUUGUCUUAGUGGUGAUGGCUUGCGAGUGGCAACGGGAUCUUAUAGCAAUCUAUUCCGUGUAUUUGGUUGUGGCUCUGGUAGUACAGAAGCUACAACUCUGGAAGCGAGCAAAAAUCCAAUGAGGCGACAAGUUCAGACUCCUACUAGACCUUCCAGGUCACUCAGCAGUAGUUUAACACGAGUUGUCAGACGAGGUAAGUGCAUACUCUGGUAUUUACCAUCAAAUAAGUUCGUUGCCAUCCCUUUUGUUAUAUUGACUGUGGACAAAUCAAUCACAGGAGCUGAAAGCCCCGGAGUUGAUGCCAAUGGAAAUUGUUUUGAUUUCACAACAAAGUUGCUGCACUUAGCAUGGCAUCCAACUGAAAACUCAAUAGCCUGUGCUGCUGCUAACAGUCUGUACAUGUACUAUGCGUAAAGAUGGUCCAAGAAGAAUGAUAGUAUCUUGGUUACCUUUUUGUGGGUUGCUGCUGGAGAAGGCUUCCAUUCCUUUCCCGCCAAACCAGUCUUGGGGGCACAGUAAUUUUCACAUUUUACGGUGCCCUUUGAACCUGUUGCACAUGGUCUUAGACAUCUCAAGGUCCAGAAGUGGCUGUCAUAGAAUCUACAAUGAAGCAACCUGAUUUUGUUCCCCGGUGGGCGGCAAAUUUUUCUUCCUACACUACCCCCAAAUUUCUCUUUUCUUUCAUUUUGAUCUCUACUUUUUUUUCCUGCAUCUUACGUAAAAGAGAAAAUGCAGUUUAAAUCUUACAAUUGUGUUGGGUUGAAAUAGAGAAGAGAAUGUGAUUGUAGCUCUCCUAUAUCAAAUACUAAAGGAUGUUCAGUAUUUGCCACUAGGUUUAAGAUAUAAUGUAGUUGCUGCACACUAAAAGAUCUUGGUGGGAUAGAGCUGUUGAAACUUGCAGUUCAUCAUUUUUUUUAUUGAUUCUUUGUCAUCGUUGAAAUUUCAUUAAGGAUGUUGUGUUAUUCGA